GAAGAAGGUUUGGUGCAAAAAUCCCUGUCUAGAGUGCAGCAGAACUGUUUUUAGAAGAAGAUCACCAAUUUACUUUGCAGAAUCCAUUCCCUUAGUCUGUGCUUAGCAAUUAUUUCCCAACAAUGACAAUGUAUAACUAAGCAUGGCUUAUUGUCUUCAAAUUAUCCUUUUAUUUGAUCUAACCAACUGCAAGUCUGCAAUGGAGGAAUGGGAUUAAAUUUAGGAGAUGGAACAUUUUGGGGGAGACUGAUUAUUCUGUACUCUACCAACUCUACCAUCAUAAGUUCAGUUGAUCCAUACUUCAAGUUAUCAUAGUGGAAAUUUCACACAUUCUAAUAGUGGUAUUAUACCUGCAUCAAGUUACUUUGUGUUUACUGAUCACACAUGAAAUGAUAUUUGUUGUGUUUCCUUACAGGUAAGCAUGUGAUUAGCUUGUUUACACAAUACACACCCUAUAAACCCUUGGAUGGAAGUUGGGAUGAUCCUAUAUACCGAGUAAAUUUCAUUUAUAACUAAUGCCAUGUAUUUACACUCCUCCCAGUGGUACUCUAGAUUACUUGUAAGCUGCAUGAUAGCUGAAGGAUCACUGUCUCUACAGGAAUCAUAUGCAAAGAGAUGUUUCUCAUUGAUUGAUGAAUAUGCUCCUGGUUUCAGCUCAUCAGUCAUUGGUUACGACAUGCUGACACCAGUUGAUCUUGAAAGGGAAUUUGGUCUUACAGGAGGGAAUAUUUUCCAUGGUGCCAUGUGUUUGGAUUCACUUUUCUUGAUGCGACCUGCAAAAGGAUGGUCAGGUUAUAGGACACCGGUACGAGGGCUAUACAUUUGUGGAAGUGGCGCACAUCCCGGAGGCGGAGUGAUGGGUGCCCCUGGCCGUAAUGCUGCUCUCUCUGUCCUUCGGGAUUUGAAGAAGCAUUUCCGAUAGCAAAAUUCUAAAGACCCAGGAUUGUUGGUGCUUGUAUAUUUAUUGAAAUUUGAAUGGAGCCAAAUGUAUUAUUAGUGAUUACCCCAUAUUGCAUCCGAAUUCCUUGGUAUUUCUGUGUAUAGCCUGGAUUAAUUUUUGAG